AUUUUGAUCAAGCUCUAACUUUCAGAGAAGGUUCAAGAUGGACUUUGCUAUAAAAAGCACACCAUAAGAUACGUUUCAAUUGGAUCGCUAAUUAUUCACAUGGACAAUUGGUGCAGGGACACUGAUGAAUGCAGCUUGUGGCUGUAUAGUAAUUUGGUUUUCUCCCAAUAAUAACGUUGUUUCAAUCAUAUAAAUGAAAUUGGCCUAAUAGUCUUUGACUAUUACAGUAUACCUUUCAUGUUACCGUUUACCGUUACCAAACAUGACAAAGCGAUUGAGGAAAACGUUCUUAACGUUCUCUAAACCAGGAGUGUCCAAAUUCAGUCCUGCAGCAAGAAAAAUGAGUUUGUUGAAUUUGUCUAUUAAUAUGUUAUAAAUUAUGAUAAAUUGUUUGUUAGAACUGUUUGUCAGUUUCAGAUUUGUAGAAUAUUAGUUGUCCUGACAUAUUUAAUUUAUAAUGUUUCACCACCAGGUUGGUUCUAAAUCAUGUAUUGUUAUUGUUAUAUAACUACUGGCCAAUCUAGGACAUGAGAAAAAAAUUGUUGAGCUUCUAGUUUUUAUCACCAAAUGAAUAAAUUCUUGUUUUUAAAUUACAUAGAUGUGAUUGCAGAAACACAAGGUGAAACGGCAGUGUCAUAGAGAAUCUGAUUGGUUUGUGGUUGGGUACAGAUGUAUUCAAGGCUUCAGCUAAAAUUUUGAGAAAAUUGUAUAAAAUCUGUUGAAUUGUUUUUCAUCUAGACAUUUAUGUUUAAAAAAAUUCCCUUAGAUGUUUGUUUAGUUGGGCUUAGAAAAAGGUCUUUGUACACUACCUUUCAUAAUUCGAGAACGUGAAAGCAGAAGUAAUGGCAAAGUAAUGCUGAAAGGUCUCAAAUAAAUGGCAGAGUUGAAAAUAUUGCAUAAAAUAGAAAAGAGAACAUGAGCAUUUUUUUAAAUAUGUUUGCAUGUUGCCAUUGUUCUUUUACUACAGUCUUAGUUUGUUAAUGUCAAAAACUCCUCUCCAUCUGGCAUUGAAAAUAUUGAAUUACCUUUGCAUCAGGCAUGAAACAGCACAGUCCAGACCAAGGUCUUAUGGAUUUGCUGCAGAUGGAAAGAUUGAGAGAUAGUCAAGGCAAGCAAACAUUCAUCCUUGACAAUUGAUACUGUGUGUUUAUAGAAGAGUUGAGGUACAACGUUAAUUACAGACGACUUCAUGUGACUUUAAAUCGUGUAACAAUGGAGGUUUAAAUUGAAAACAGAAUAAAUGUGUUCUAUGUACAAGCUUAGUGUGCUUGAUCACAAUCAACAAUGUAAUGCAGAGAUCUCAAGCCAAAAUUUAGUUAAUUGAAACUACAGUACAUAUUCAGUUCUUCAUUUAACUAAUGGAUUACAAGGUCAGCAAGGGUACAAUCACAUGCAAUGCACACACAAGAUCUCACACACACACAAAAUGGGGCAGGCGUAAGCAAGGUAUAAAAGGUAGUUAUACCUGUGUCUGAGAAGACAGACUGAUCACAUCUCACUGCAAGUCAAGAACAAAGGUAAAAAAAAAAAUCUAAUUAAAUAUUUUUGAUCUUAAAGAAUACACUUAAAAUGUACAAAUAUUAUAUUUGGGAGGAAACAAUUAUUAGGGUGUUUGUACAUAUUUGAUUCAUUUUAAAAAUGUGAGGUGUUUGUAAAGUGUGUUCCUUUUUCAUCUGUUUUAUUUUUUCUAUUAUAGCCAUCAUGUUUUGGACCAGAUAUGCUGGAGCAAGUAUAUUAUUGUUUUUAAUGCUUAUUCAUCUAGGACAACUGUAUCCAAGAAAUGAUAUGACUAACUUUGGAUGUGAGGAGUGCAAGCUCAAGGAAAACAACAUUUUCUCGAAACCUGGGGCUCCUGUCUAUCAGUGUAUGGGAUGCUGCUUUUCUAGGGCUUACCCUACACCCCUGAGGUCCAAGAAAACCAUGCUCGUUCCCAAAAAUAUCACAUCAGAAGCUACAUGCUGUGUUGCCAAAGAAGUUAAACGGGUACUUGUCAAUGAUGUCAAACUAGUGAACCACACGGACUGCCACUGCAGCACCUGUUACUAUCACAAAUCUUAAAAACAUGCUGUUACUAAUUUACAUGUUUGCUUAUAUUUAGUUAUAUUCCCGUCUACCUGUACCUCAGUGCUUUCUGUUUUUAAUUUACAAUGACUUAUAUAAGCUAUUUAAAUUGAAACUAUAGGCUACUGUUAGAAGUUUGCUAUAACCAUGCAUACUGUGCCGAUGUUCUUAUGUAAAACUAGUUUGCUAGUGCAUUCAACAAUUAUUUUUUAAAAGGUUGCCCUACUUCCAUAAAUAACUUAAAAGCAUAAAAUGCUAUUCGAAUUAAAUAUAAUUUUUAAAAUUCAAGAUAUGCUUGAUAUUAAUUUAAGCCCUCUUUUAGUGGUAAUUGUUGACUUGUUUUGUCAUCACUGCUGUAAGAUUGUUCAAAUACAUUAAUUAAAAAUAAGA